AUGUACUCCAGCUCAAACGCCUUCCUCGGCGGCAAUAGCCAACGGCCUGGCGGCCAGCAAUAUGGCGCGGGUUCCUUCAACACCGCCAUGGGACCUGGUGGCCCGCAACAGCAACAGCCUAGCCCCUUUGCGCCGCAACCCACGGGAUUCGCGCAGCAGCCGUUGCAGCAGCAAUAUACUGGCUUCCCAAUGCAGGCCCAGCCGACAGGGAUGCCACAAUCAUCGCAACAGCCGCUUCAGCAGCAGUAUACGGGAUUCCCUGGCCAGACACAGCCUCAACAGAGCUACCAGACCGGGGCUCCCACUGGGUUUGCUUCGUCCUCUCCAGUCCAGUCUUCUACUCCUGCGCCGCCUCCGGUGAAGCCUCAGCCAACCGGUUUCACCGAAAUGGCUGCUUCAUUUCAUACUGGAGGAACCGCGAAGCCUCAGGGCCGACGGGCGGAGAAAACGAACAAGAUUCCUAAUAUUAGACUUUCGUUUAUCACGGCCCAGGACCAGUCCAAGUUUGAGACUUUGUUCAAGUCCGCUGUCGGCGACAGCUCGACUACCAUGUCCGGCGACAAGGCCAGAGAUCUCUUGCUGAGAUCUAGGUUGGAUGGAGAUACCCUUUCUCAUAUCUGGACUCUGGCGGACACCACUCGUGCUGGUCAGCUGUACUUCCCAGAGUUUGCUCUUGCUAUGUACUUGUGCAAUCUGAAGCUGACAGGCAAGUCUUUACCGGCAUCGCUCCCGGAUAACAUCAAGAACGAGGUUUCUAGCAUGGUUGAUAUUAUCGGCUUUAGCGUAGUGGAUGAUGCUCCAGCAUCUUCAUCGGCUACCAACGCUCCCAGUUUCCAAACCGACGCUACGACACACCCAGCCAUUCAACAGCCGCAACCGCAGCCGUCCAAUUCUCAGCUCCUUCAGUCUCAGAUGACCGGUUUUCCUGGCCAGCAAACUGGUUUUGGCAGCCAACCUCAGGGUCUUCAGACUCAACAGACUGGAUUUCCCGGCAUGCAAAACCCUCAGCCGACGGGAUACCAAGGACCACGACCUCCCAUGCCUCCAAUGCCUACUGGUUUUGGUCAAGGUCCCAACGACGGUAACAUGGCAGUGCCUCUGAAUGCCCAACCAACUGGCCGACCCGGACAAUGGGGCUUGGUGAAUGCGCCCGCGUCGGGGCUGCCAAAUAUUGACGCCCUGCAGGCCCGAAUGAUGCCGCAACAAGGUCGUGAAGCAGGUAGCUACACUACUCAAGGACUUCAAGGUAAUGCCGUCAUCCCGUGGGCAAUCACCAAGGAGGAGAAGACACGGUAUGAUGCCCUAUUUAGGGCCUGGGAUGGUUUGGGCAAGGGAUACAUUGGCGGUGCUCAAGCCAUUGAAAUCUUUGGUCAAAGUGGUCUUGAGAAGUCUGAUUUGGAGAGGAUCUGGACCCUGUCCGACAAUGGGAAUAAGGGCCGUCUGGACCUCGAUGAGUUCGCUGUUGCCAUGCAUUUGAUCUACAGAAAGCUCAAUGGUUACCCAUUGCCCAAUAACCUUCCCCCAGAGCUUGUCCCACCGUCAACACGUAAUUUCAGCCAGUCAAUCGGUACUCUCAAGUCCAUGUUAAACCAAGAAUCAGACUUUCGAAAGAACUCUGGUGCAGCUCUUCUACCCCAAAAAACGGGUGUGAGUUAUAUGAAGAACCGUUCUUUCAGGGGCGCUAGUGUUGGGGUUCAGGGAGGUCGUAAAGAUGCUACAGUCUUUCGAAACGAUGACGAAGAUUUUGGUUAUCGGUCUAGUGCUCGGAGAAGACUUGGAAAUUCGUCUCCUCGUUCUGAGUCACCCGCAUCUGUCGCAUCAAGCGACGAUCUUUCACUCGAUCAAUUAAGGAAGAAGAUCAAGGAGAAGCAGGUUCUCCUGGAUGCUAUGGACUUUGCCGAUGAGAGGAACAACGAAGAGGACGACAUCCUGGAUCGACGGGACCGAAGGGAGUCUGAAGAACUCUAUAGACGUAUCAGACGUAUUCAGGGUGACAUUGAUGCUCAUCCUGAUGCAGCCCUGGCUACUGGGGAUUCAGAUGCAGAGAGACGCGCCCUGAAACGCCAGCUCCAGAAUCUCACUGACAAGGUUCCUGAACUUGCAUCUCAGGUACGAAGGACUGAGAAAGCUAUCAUGGAAGCUCGGCUUGAACUCUUCCGGUUGAAGGACGCCAAGGCGCACCCCAACAGCGGUCCACAAAUUGUCGGAACGGGUCCAGGAGGAACUGUGACUGAAAGCGAUCGCCUGAAGGCUAGGGCAAAGGCUAUGAUGCAACAAAGAACAGCUGCUUUGACGGGCAAGAAAAUUGACAUUGGCACCGAGGACACUGACGCCCCGAAGCGACUUGAGGAGGAGACCAUUAAAGUCAAGACGGAGAAGGAGAGCAACGAGAGUAUGGUCCGCGAUGUUGAAGAGAGCGUUCGCGAUUUUGCACGCGGUAUUGAGGACAGCCUUAAGGAAGGCGGCAAGGAUAACUCUAGCGAACAUGAGAAGCGACGAUGGGAAGAUGCUCUUGGAGUUGAAGACGAGGUCCGCGACUUUAUCUUUGACUUGCAGCGUGAAAGUCGGGCUGCUCGUUUGCGUAGUCAAGACAAAGGCCCUGCUCGAGCGCCGCCAGCUGUCGAGCAAUCUCGGCCAGAGAGAGUUGCCAGUCCGCGCGUGGAGAGUCCUGUUUCCACUUCUCGCACUGCCACUCCUCCUGCCGCUGGCGGCUCAUACUCUUCCUACAAGACUCCUGAGGAGCGCGCAGCGUACAUUAAACAGCAGGCGGAGCAGCGAAUGGCUGAACGUUUAGCUGCACUGGGGAUCAAGGCUCCAGUGAAAUCAGGCGAGACUGCGGCUCAGCGGGCCGAGCGCGAACGGGCCGAACGAGCUGCCAAACUGAAGCAAGCAGAAGAGGAGGAUGCCCGCAGAGAGGCUGAGCGGCAAGCCCGUCUUGCUGAUGAACAAGGUGUGCCUCCCCCUGUUCCAGCCUCAGAGACACCUAAGGCGACGGCUAGAGCUCCUCCUCCCCCCCCGACAAGAAAAGCCGCUAGAAUGGAUACUUCCGAAGAGGACGCAGCAGGAUUGGCAGAAGAGGAGCGGGCUGCCAAAGCUGCUGAUGGAGCAAGAAUCAAUAAGGAACGUGAGGAGCAACAGAGAGAGACCAGAGAGAUGGAGGAAAGUGUUAAAGAAGAAGAAGAUGAGUUCGCUAAGGAACAGGAGGAAGCCGCGGCUCGUUUGAAGGCCCUUGAGGAGCAAGUGAGGCAGGGCAAGUUGCGAAAGGAGGAAGAGAAGAAACGCAAGAAGGCCGCUCUGGCGGAAGCCAAGGAAAAGGAGGCCAAAAUGGCUGCGAGACGCGCAGAGAUCGAAGCAGCUAAGCAGCGUGAGCUCGAGCUUCAACGACAACUUGAGGCUCUAGACGAUGACGACAGCUCCUCGGACGACGACGAAGGCCCUCAACAAAUUACACCCCAGGAGUCUACUCCAAGUGGCAGUCAGAUUGUUCAUCAGGAGACGGAGAAGUGGCACAGCCCUCCUCAAGCUGUCCUGCCCACAGCUCCUCCUGUGCCAACGGUUGUUACAUCCCCUCCAGCUGAUAUCGAGAGCAAGAAUCCCUACGACAGCGUAAUUUCACAGCCAGCAGUGUCAUCGUCCAUUAGUCAAGCGCACGAUUAUACGCCUGCUCCUCCAUUACCUCGUCCAGGGGCAUCUACUAACCCUUUCAAUCGUAUGGGCCAGCCUCCUGCUGCUGCCCCCGGGCCAGUAUCCCGGAAGCGGGCCGACUCGGACGAUUGGGGAUCUGAUCAAGAGGCGGAUGAAGACUCGGAUGACGACCGGCCAGGAGGUGGUAAUGCCGCCCAGCUGGCAUCCAUCCUCUUCGGCACCAUGGGCCCUCCACGACCACUGUCUGCUGCUGGACGAGAUUCUACGCCAGCCAGUCCGGCGCCUGUAAAUGACACUCCUGUUGCGUCGCCGCCGCCUCCUCCACCAGCUCCUCCAAUGCCGGAGAACAGUGGCCCUGCAAGUCCUCCUCCGCCACCACCUAUGCCCAGUUCCGACGCUCCCUCGGCGCCGCCGCCGCCGCCGCCAAUGCCACCAACAGGAACGGCGCCUCCACCUCCCCCGAUGCCCGGUGCGGGAGCUCCUCCGCCGCCUGGUGAUGCUCCGGCUGCCCCUCCUUCAGGUGGCCGUCCAGCCGGUUUCCUGAGCGAAAUCCAAAUGGGCAAAUCCCUCAAGAAGACCCAAACUAAUGAUAAGAGUGCGUCGGCGGUAGCAGGUCGUGUUCUGGAUUGA